GAAAGAGAGAGAGAGAGAGAGAGAGGCGUUGGUCUGAUAGUGUUGGAGCUGUCUGCGCAUCACUGUGGUUCCUUCGUCAUCUCUGCUUCUCCGCGGAGGACAACGUACCGUUAUUCGCUUCUCCUUCGCAUUCAUGCUCCGGAACCUCUGCCUCAGAACCUCCACAAGACAGAAGCAAUAUUACGGUGUCGAUUCAUUUCUUACUCCAAUAAGCACUUCAUGUGUUAACUGUCCGGAAAAUUCUCUUCUUCCAGUUUUGAAGGCCUUUUCAUUGAUCCAGAUUCUCUGCUCCGCAUAAUUGGAUUCGUGAUCGGAGAGAGUACAACGGUUGCACAUCCUAAUUACUCUUCAAGUCUCUGAUUUUUUAUAUGUUUCUUUCUCAUUUCCAUGGUGUCUCUUAGAUGAUUUGAUUCUCACUGUUUCUCUGUGAAUGAACUUGGUGAUCGGAAGAAUUGGAUUUUCGGUUGUAGGGACCAUGAAUUCGAGCAGAAGAGGUGUGGAAUCGCACUGGAGAUAUCGCAUGAUCGAUGCCGCAACGUCCGACGAAGAUAAAGUCACUUCUGUUUACAAAUUAGAGGAAGUUUGUGAGCUUCUCCGAUCUUCUCACGUCAGUAUUGUGAAAGAAGUUUCUGAAUUUAUCUUGAAGAGGCUCGACCACAAGAAUCCAAUAGUCAAACAGAAGGCUCUGAGGCUGAUCAAAUAUGCGGAGGGAAGGAGGGAAAUGCAACGCCGUUCAGUGGUAGUGCGCCAGUUGUUUCAUUACAAGGGCCAUUUAGAUCCAUUGAAAGGAGAUGCACUUAAUAAGGCUGUCCAUGAUACAGCUCAUGAGGCGAUAUCGGCAAUUUUUGCUGAAGAUGAGACCAAAACGGCACCGGCAGAAGAUCUUAGUAAGCGAAUCCAAGGAUUUGGGAAUACAAACUUUGAGAUGCCUUUGGAAGAUAAGAAAUCGUUUGUUGGUGAGGUUGUUGGCCUUGGAAGUGCUUCUAUCAAACAGGGACUGAGUAGCAUUACUGCAGCACAUUCGUUUAAAAAGAGUGACAAUGGGAGUUAUCAAAGCCCAAAUCUGCGAAGCUCACUGACAACAGAAACUGACAAUCCAGAAAGAUAUGAGAGAUUUGAACAUCUAAAUGAAACUCAGAUUUCUGUUGGAAUCUCCAAAAACCUUGGUGGUGGACCAUGGGGCAAGGAUUCAAGAGGAAGCAGGGAGGAAAUGACAUAUGGGAGCUCCAGCUCAAGUCAUUCAAGGAGCAAGACACGCGAGGAGAGGCUGCUAGAGACCGUUGUCACAUCUGGUGGUGUGCGCCUGCAACCAACUCGUGACAUCAUCCAGGCUUUCCUUGUGGAGGCCUCAAAGUUGGAUGCAAUCGCUUUGAGUCAUGCUCUUGAAUCAAAACUUCAAUCUCCCAUGUGGCAGGUCCGUAUGAAGGCUGUCUGUGUUCUUGAGUCAAUUUUGAGGAGAAAAGAUGAUACUCAUUUUUCAACUGUAGCUAUUUAUUUUAGUGAAAACAAAGAGUCUGUGGUGGGAUGCUCUGAAUCUCCACAAGCAUCGCUGAGGGAGAAGGCAAACAGGGUCUUACGCCUUCUGGAUGGAGAAGGGGUUAAUCAUCUUUCAGAAAAGACCUCGAGUCUGAAAGACAAAGCAGCUGCUACUGUUGUUCAAAUGCCCAACUUAAUUGACACUGGUGGCGCAGAUGAUUCUUACAGGAAGGACGAUUAUACAGAAAUGCAAAGUGAGCAAAGUGUUGCAGAUCUGAUGACACCAACUACCUCUUUAACUGAUGAUCUGUUUAGAGAUAAUCUGAUUGAUGUAAUCUCCAAUCAACAAAAAAAUGAAGACAAUGACCUAUUUGCAGGUGUCUCAUUUCACACACCCGAGGAUGGAGAAAAUGUCGGUGACCUAUUUUCAGGGUUGAAGGUUGAUGAAAACCAGGUUGCUAAUGAUAUUCAAUACACUGUAAAGAAAAAUGGAUCAGAACUACUUGAUAUUUUUUGUCCCAACUCUGAAGUUCUGCAGGAACCAAUAAACCAUAAAAAAGGUGUCAAUGAUAUAAUGGUUGAUUCGUCUACUAGUAAUGGAAUGAUCCCAGAUAACGAGCAACAACGUAGCUUUUCUGAGGCAUUUUCUGAUGCUACCCGUUCAAAUCCAAGCACCCAAUCAAGCCAUGUGUUGCCAAAUGAUGCUUUAAAUGGUUUAAUUGGGUCUCAAUUGGUUGGGAUGAACCCAAAUGCCGUGUUUCCAUUGGGUCAUCUGCAGUAUGGUUCGUCUCCAAACAUCACGUUCAACCCAGCUUCUGCUUCACAGCCAGUGAAUUAUGGGUUGAUGGGAAAUUAUAUUGCACAACAUCAGCUUUUAGCAACAAUGACCAACUUCCAACACUCUCAAGGAAAUGUUACUCUAGGGCAUGCUACUGGCAACAGUGGGGAAGGAGGGUACUCUUCCCCCCUCCCAGAUAUUUUCCAUCCGAAUGUUCCAGCUCAAAUUCAGAGUACAUUGAUGAACAACUCAAAGAAAGAAGAUACUAAAGCCUUUGAUUUCAUCUCGGAUCAUUUGUCAUCAGCUUGUGGUGCAAAGAGGGUACUUUAAAGCUCUAUGCAACCAAUGCUUGACAGUGAACGCCCUUACAUACCACAUGAUCAGCAUGUUGGAGUGAGCCGUCUUGUUUCAACUUUCAAUAUAGAUGAUUUACUAUUGUUUUGAAAUAAAACAAUUUUUGAGUAUAAAAUUUUUUACCAUGAUGCAUUAUCUUGCAGUUUACUUUUCUGAUUUUUCAUGAAAUUUGCACCAUAAUCUCAAGGAAGCAAACCACAUAUGCAUAGUGUGUUCGGGUUUUUGGGGAAGGAGUGAGGGGAAGAAUGGUGAGAUUUGUAUUAUAAAACAGAAGGUUCAAGAUGUGCAUGUAGAUUUUUUUAAUGGGAAAAUCUUGUUGUAAACAAAGUUGGUGAUAAUAUAACAAAUUUUUAGGGUAAAAUUUUGUCAUUUCACAUUUUUAUGCGACAAGCAUGCAAGACAUUACAGCUCUUAAGAAUGACAUAAUGGUAAGUUACCUUCAAAUUAUUUUGAAAACUAUUUUUUACCCUAGAGAACUUUUGAGAACUUUUGAGAAUAAGAUAGAGGACAAUCAAGAGUAGGUUACAAGUUCUCAAUCCACCACUUUUUUUCAAGAAGAUGGACCUUUUCUUAAUUAGCAGAUUUUAUUUGUACAAGUGCAGCUUGCAUUUCUUCCUCCUGACCAAUUGAAAAUUCUUUUGUUUGACAUUGAUAUUUAUGCCAGGAAUAUGCAAUGGGAUCAUUGCAGUAACUCACGUAUCCUGGCUCACUGCCACAACUCCUUUCUCGGGACUCAAAGUCAGCUAACAUGUAUGAAUCUUGCUUAAUCCUAUACACUUUUUUUUCCUGGUAGCUAUAGCCUAUAGAUUCCUGUAUCAAGGAAUGUCAAAGAUGCAUGCCACAACACUUGAUGAUUGCUAGAUAGCGAUGAUGAAAGACUGGCAUGCUGUUUUGACAGUGUCUACAGUCCCUUCACAAGAGACAUGCAUAUUCAUGGAACCUUUUUAACAGGUAGCAGCCUUCUUGUGAAUCCCUUUGGUACCCAUAUUAACAUUUGAUCAACGCAGAAGCUAUUACUAAAGAUGCAUUGACACCAGUAAAAUUUCUAGGAGUCACUGAAACUGGAUCUUUUGUUAUUUCAGUAUUGGAGUCACACAGCUAAAGAAACCUUCAUUUGCAUCUUAAAGCCACAGGAAAGGGAUUGAUUUUAAGGUUGAUAUCAAGAGAUGGUUCUUUCUUAUUAUGGUAUUAAAGUGUUGAGAAUUGAGAUGUUGGAAUAACCUCCCUUUUUCUUCUCAAUAUCAAGUUUUGGUUUUGUUUAUUUUUCUAUGUUGAAAUGAAUUCCUCCUCUUCUUCUCUCCUGCUUUCACUUGUACUUCUCCAUGCAUCUCAUCAUGUUGUCAUUAUUUUUUUCAUAAACAAACUCAUGCUGUUUUGUUCCUUUUGGAAGUGGUUCUUCGUGAUUCCAGUUUUAUUGGAUCGUCAUGGGAGGGCAGGCAGGCAGGCUGGCUGGCUAUUGUGUGACUGCAGUUGGGAGGAGGGACCAAAAUCAAAAUCAGUGGGCUGUGCUUUGAAAUCUGUGGAGCUUAUUGAGUUUUCUUUUCUUUUCUUUUUAUAUGAUUAUGUGAAUAUAAUGAUUCUGGAAUAAACAAUCAAUCUCUGGUUUGAGUGA